AUGGCAUACAACUUUAACACCGAGAGAAGCAAAGAAAGGUUGUUAUCUCGCAAGGCCUUGUUUGAAGAGUCAGAUCAUAAUAAGGAUGGUGAUGAUGAUGCGUCCAUCCUUGACAGAAUCACGAAAUCAUGGGAAGAUCUUCAGGAGUUCCUUGUCAAGGUUUACGAAAUGGGUCGGUCCGACCCCAGACAGAUCAUCUUUGCUGCUAAGUCCGGCUUCGCACUUGCUUUUGUUUCCGUCCUCAUUUUUUUUAAAGAACCCCUUGAUUACAUCAGCCAAUAUUGCAUCUGGGCAAUUCUAACUGUCAUUGUCGUAUUUGAAUUUAGCAUCGGAGCAACCCUUAGCAAAGGAUUUAAUCGUACUUUGGGGACAUUUUCUGCGGCAGUGCUUGCAUUGGGGUUUGCUCAAGUAUCUGUGUGGGCUGGGGAAUGGCAUGAAAUUGUGGUCAUCAUCAGCAUCUUCAUAGCAGGUUCUGUGUCAACCUAUAUCAAACUCUAUCCAUCAAUGAAGCCCUACGAAUAUGGUUUCAGGGUGUUCAUGUUGACAUUUUCAAUAGUACUGGUGUCGGGGACUUCCCACUUCUUUAGAACAGCCGUUUCUCGAUUGUUAUUGGUUAUAGUCGGAGCAGGCAUAUGUUUUAUAGUUAACAUAUGUAUUUAUCCAGUCUGGUCUGGAGAAGAGCUGCACAAAUUGGUGGUGAAGAAUUUUAGGGGUGUUGCUACUUCCUUGGAAGAAUGUGUUAGAAGUUACCUGCAAAACGUGGAAUAUGAUAGGAUACCUUCGAAAAUUCUUGUAUACCAGGCGACUGAUGACCCUCUCUAUACGGGAUAUAGAGCAGCAGUACAGUCUACAAGUCAAGAAGAUGCUCUGUUGGGCUUUGCGAUUUGGGAACCGCCCCAUGGGCGUUAUAAAAUGUUGAGAUAUCCAUGGGGUCAAUUUGUGAAAGUUGGCGGUGCAUUAAGGCACUGUGCUUUUAUGGUUAUGGCAAUGCAUGGGUGCAUACUUUCAGAAAUACAGGCAGCAGCUGAACUGAGGAUGAUGUUCAGAAACGAGAUUCAGAGGGUAGGGAGUGAAGGUGCCAAAGUACUAAGGGAGUUGGGAAACAAGUUGGAGAAGCUGGAAAAAUUAAGCCCAAAUUUUGACCUACUUGAGAAGGUGCACGAGGCCGCAGAGGAGUUGCAAAUGUUGAUAGAUGAAAAAUCAUACCAUCUUGUGAGUGCAGCUGCUAGACAAAGACACAAAGAAUUGGAAGAUCCUGAUCAAGAGGAGACCGAGGAAGAGACCUCCACCGAAGCCCAACAAGCCCCCAUUUGA